GACGCCCCACACCGGGCUGGGUUGACGUCGCUCCAUUCGGGGACAGCUCCUCUGGACGACCACCUCGACCUUCACCACGCCAGCCCGGCAUCUUGGACACAACUGGCAGAGUCCCCGCGCCUUCAAGAUGUCUCAAUCCCUCAGGCCGUACCUUCAGGCCGUCCGCAGCAGCCUGACAGCCGCCCUCUGCCUUUCCAACUUCGCAUCCCAGACCGCCGAGCGACACAAUGUCCCCGAAGUCGAGGCCAGGACAUCGCCCGAGGUCCUCCUGACGCCCCUAACCAUUGCGCGAAACGAAAACGAGCGCGUCCUCAUCGAGCCCAGCAUCAACAGCGUGCGCAUCAGCAUCAAGAUCAAGCAGGCUGACGAGAUCGAGCACAUCCUGGUACACAAGUUCACCCGAUUCUUGGAACAGCGCGCCGAGUCCUUCUUCAUACUGCGGCGGAAACCCAUCAAGGGAUAUGACAUCUCCUUCCUGAUCACGAACUUCCACACGGAGGAAAUGUUGAAGCACAAACUGGUGGACUUCAUCAUUCAGUUCAUGGAGGAGGUUGACAAGGAGAUUUCGGAGAUGAAGCUAUUCUUAAACGCACGAGCACGAUUCGUUGCGGAGUCCUUCUUGACACCUUUCGACUAAGGCUUGACUUGCCCUGUAUUUGGUUUGUGGGAGGGGGGGUGCUGUGACAUGCCAUGACGGGUUGGGGUGGUAGAUAGCGCUCAGAAACGGAGCAACUCGGCAAGCAUGCCUCCUUCCUUUCAAUGACCCCGAGCCAUGGUAUGUGGCUCGAAAAUGGCUGUAUUGCACCAAAGGAGAGGUUGCUAGGUGCCGGUGAAUUGGCACAUUGGCAGUAUUUUGGCCCAGGCUCAGCACUCAUUGCUGCCGUCCAAAGGCUGACAAUUGAAAUUAGACGAGUCAGAUUCAAGCUCAUGAGGGAACUGAGCCAAUAAAAUAUCAAAAAGUUGUUUGCAGCCAAGCGGUCUCCCUUUAGAUGCUGAUUCUCCCACGUCCACAGCAAGGCUACUGGCACGGCUGACACUGCAGGUAGGCUUCCAAGUGCUCAUAUGCGAAGUUGUCUUAUAGGAGGUCAUAUUAAAGCAAGUGAUCUUUUCAGAAACCAUGGGGAUGUCUUUAAGAAGGUUGGUCCACCAGGUUUUGAGUAUAAUAAUAAUUUCGAGUCUGACGCGGCUGAGUGGGCGGGCUGAGUGGGCGGGCUGAGCGGGAGGGCUCAGUUGUGUCCAAGGAGACAGUGCAGCCUUGCCACUCUGCAUCAUUUCCGAGCUUUCCAUGUUGGUUUUCUGUAUACUAGAAUCACUCUUCGCUUUAUUUUGGCAGAAUCCUGGUGUCUGCUGGUCAUGCGUUCCACCGAGUUCAUUCACGAGAGGACCAAGAACAAGACUGUCAUGCAGACAAGCUCCGCAAGCCAUUCUAUCAAGGCUGGCUUGAAGACGUAGCAUGAUAUAGCUCUCCUUUUGAAAUUUCUUAUUCUCGAUGGAC